AUGGAAAAGUUCCUUGUACCACUCUGCAUUCUUUUGAUGCUUCUCUCUGUUAAAGCUGCUCCUCGAAGAUCUCUCAUCACACAUCUCCCUGGUUUUUAUGGCAAUUUCCUCUCCCACCAUUACUCAGGAUAUGUAAGUAUUGAUGGAAAUGCUGAAACUGGAAAGAACCUGUUCUACUACUUUGUUAGUUCAGAAAGAAAUCCCAGAAAAGAUCCUGUUGUUCUAUGGUUGAAUGGUGGACCUGGUUGUUCAAGCUUUGAUGGAUUUGUUUAUGAACAUGGACCAUUCAAUUUCAAGGCUGCAGAAUCAAAAGAGAAACUACCCACUUUGCGUUUCAAUCCUUACAGCUGGUCUAAGGUUUCCAACGUUAUAUAUUUGGAUUCACCAGCUGGUGUUGGGUUCUCUUACUCAAAGAACAUAAGCAAAUAUUCAACUGGGGACCUACAAACAGCUUCGGAUACUCAUGCUUUUCUCUUGAAGUGGUUUGAGCAAUUUCCAGAAUUCCAAGCUAAUCCAUUUUAUAUUUCUGGAGAGUCUUAUGCUGGAAUUUAUGUACCCACUCUAGCUUUUGAAAUUGCUAAAGGCAUCCAAAAUCGAACAAAGCCCGCGAUCAAUUUGAAGGGUUAUUUGGUGGGAAAUGGUGUCACGGACCCAAAGUUUGACAACAAUGCUUUUAUCCCAUUUGUGCAUGGGAUGGGCCUUAUAUCAGACACUAUCUAUGAGGAUGUGCAUGCUUCUUGCAAAGAAAACUACUACAAUUCUGAUUCUGAGAGUGAUCAAUGUGCUAAGAGCAUGGAAAAAGUUAGCAAGGCUAUUCAAGGGCUUAAUGUGUACAAUAUAUUAGAGCCAUGCCACCAUGACCCACGAGUUGCAACAAACUUAACUUCUAAUUUACCAUUGAGUUUCCAAAAUUUAGGAUUAACAGAGAGACCUCUCCCAAUAAGAAAGAGAAUGUUUGGUAGAGCUUGGCCUUUUAGAGCACCGGUUAGAGAUGGUCAUGUUACCUUAUGGCCUCAAUUAUUGGCCAACACUAGACACGUUCCUUGUGUCAGUGAUGAAGUAGCAACAUCGUGGUUAAACAACCCUUCCGUCAGAAAAGCCAUUCAUGUUGAGGCGGCAAGUGGUACAUGGGAGUUAUGUACCGAUAGGAUAAGUUUUGAUCAUGAUGCUGGAGGCAUGGUUCCUUACCAUAAGAAUCUAACGAAAUUGGGCUAUAGAGCACUUAUUUACAGUGGAGACCAUGAUAUGUGUGUACCAUUUACUGGAAGUGAAGCUUGGACGAGUUCUUUGGGAUACAGAACUGUGGAUGAAUGGAGAUCAUGGAUCUCUAAUGACCAAGUUGCUGGGUUCUUACAAUCUUAUGAGCACAACCUUACCUUCCUCACAGUAAAGGGAGCUGGGCACACCGUACCGGAAUAUAAGCCAAGGGAGGCAUUGGAUUUUUACAGCCGUUGGUUGGAUGGAAAAUCAAUUUAA